UGUAACAAUGCCUAUUCAGCCACCCUGCCCAAUAGAAUUUAUGACUCCCUCCUAGCUGAUAGUAACAAUAACUUAUAAAUUGCUGAUUGUUUAAGGCUUGUCAAUGCAUGUUGUAAGACUUUUAGCAUCUCUUUUGUGUAUAGGAAAUACCCAUCCAAUACCUGAAAUAAGAAUUUCAGAGUUGGAAGGGACUUCAUUGGACAUCUGGUUCAGCUCAUAAUUAAAAAUGUGUAUUACCUACCUGACAAAAGGAAAACCAGCCAUUGCUAGAAGACGUCUUCUUCAGUGAAGGGAAACCUUUACCCCCAGAGGCAGCUUCAUUUUACUUCUGGAUAACUGUAAUUGUUAGAGGAAGCUUUUCAUUACAUCAGAUCAAAAGAUGUCCCUUUGCAACUUCCCCUCAACUUCUGCCCUCUGGGCCAAACAGAACUUCUCCACGUGCCAACCUCUCCGGGUUUGAAGGAAAUCAUGUCCAGACUAAACUGUCCUCGUUCCUUCAAGCCAAUUGUCAUCUGGCAUGGUCCAUGGCAACCUAACUUUCCCCUCAUCAAUCCAGGCUAUUUCCAUGUAAACAAUUAUUAUUAAGUGCCUAUUUGCUUUAGGAAAGCAAUUUAAAAUUCCUUUUUGAAACCACAAAUAGAAAAUUUGAGCAGUUUUAUAAAUGUGACAGUGAAGUGCCACGUUGCAAUAUUUUUCCAAGGUCCGACUGAAAGAAAACAUUGCUCAGACAGCCUUUGCAGUUCCUACUUUGUGCCCCGGAUUGCUGGGCUUUUGGAGGGUGUUUAAAAUCAUCCAAAGCCAUUUGUCAGGGAAUCAUUGGCACUUGUGAAUAUUCAAGCAUAUUCUGAGGUCAUACAAUUUCAAAUACGUAAACAAAGAAAUCUAACUAGAGAAAAGAGGAAAGACCAGAACAUAUGAACUGCUUGCAGUUCUGCAGCGAUAAUAAUUGUAUAAAGGGGGUUGGCCUCUUCCGCUUCCAUUCAACCGGACAAAGCCUGUUAGUCUGGGGGAUGCUUAAUGACCCAUCUGCUCAGUGGAGCUUCAGUCUUAAUUCCCUGCUUAAACCUCGCCCGCCUGCCCUCACCACUGCGAACCGAUUUCGUACAGCAGUUUGUGUUUUUGUUGUUUUUUUCCUACUUAGUGUGUGCUUUGUAAUUAUCCUUAGUUCAUGCGUGUUGGCUUUUGUCCCCCAAGGCUAAAGUUAAAGCGCAGAAGUCACUGACAAUCCGUCUUUUCCUAGGACAGAUAUUUAGUUAUCUCCCUCUUAGCAGACACCGGACCCACUGUCCUCACCAGGGCCCCAUUCCGAAGAGGAAUGCAGGCUUGCCCAGCAGAGAUGGGGCACUGGCGGAGCUGACUUAAGAGACACCUCUAUGGGAAACUCCCCGCCUCGCCCCAACCUCUUAAUCUCACUUUAAAGAAGGAAACUCGGGGGCUCAGCGUCGCGCCCAGUAUAUUCACUAGCUCCGGUUUUUUGCAGACUGGGCAGCCUCCAAGUACUCUCGGAGAGGCGUGCAGAGGUGGUCUCUUCCGAACAUUAUCUGUCCCAAGACCCUGACCCCAAAUGCAGAGGCUCGAACAGGUGCAGAACCUCCUCCCCCCCUCCAAAGCAACAGUGCUCAAUUCCAUCCCAGCCUCCAGCUAGGAGAAAAGAGGCUGCUACCCGGCGAUUGGCCAGGGGGGGCCCGCCCCCACGCGGGCUCAGACAGCGCCCACCGCCAGACCCCGCCCCAGCUCCCAGUAGAGCCCGGCGGGAGGAUGUCUGGCUCCCGAGCCAAGAAAGGAGGAAGAGAGGGAGGGAGGGGGCGCUUCUCGGGCUCUGAUUGGUCGAGGCCGCGCCGGCAGGGCGGGGCGUCCAGGCCAGAGGGGUGUGAAGGGGGCUGGCUGCUCUGCUAGUUGCAUCAUCCUCAGCCCUCGGCGGCCGCUUUGGGAAGCCCGGUGCGGUGCACGCCACUCUUCCAGUGCUCCAGCCCGUGCCCGGGGCCUCCUCGCCGGCCCAGCCUUGCCCGGUCUGCCCCGCACGUUCCUGCCCCGGCGCGCCCGCUAAGAAGGAAGAGGGCGAAGCUGCGUGGGCUCCCCGCUUCGCCGAACCCUUCUAACCCAGUCCUUUGGGGAAGCAUCUACGGUCCUCUUUCCCAGCCGCGGUCCGGGAUCGGCCCGGUAAAGUCACCCGGAGAACAUGGAGAAGAGCAACGAGACCAACAGAUACAUUGAGGGCAAGGAACCGGCCCCGGUGCCGGGGGCGGCCGAGGGCGGCGCGCCAGGGCGGGCGCGGCGUUGCGGGGGCUUCCUGCGGCGCAACGCGCUGGUGCUGCUGACCGUGUCCGGGGUGCUGGCGGGCGCCGGGCUGGGCGCGGCGUUGCGGGGACUGGCGCUGAGCCCGGCGCAGGCCACCUACCUGGCCUUCCCCGGGGAGAUGCUGCUCCGCAUGCUGCGCAUGGUCAUCCUGCCUCUCGUGGUCUGCAGCCUGGUGUCGGGCGCGGCCAGCCUGGACGCCAGCUCCCUGGGCCGCCUGGGGGGCAUUGCUGUCGCCUAUUUCCUGCUGACCACGUUGGGCGCCUCGGCGCUGGCGGUCGCCCUGGCUUUCAUCAUCCGUCCGGGAGCCGGCGCCGGGGCCCUCCUGUCUAGCGACCUGGGGUUGGAGAGCUCAGAAACACCGCCUGUCACCAAGGAAACUGUAGAUUCGUUUCUUGACCUGGUCAGAAACCUGUUUCCAUCUAACCUCGUGGUAGCUGCUUUCCGCACGUAUGCAACUGACUACAAGAGAGUCAUCCAUAAUACGACCUUUGGAAAUAUCACUUUAGAAAAGUCCUUUCAGGUCCCCUAUGGCACAGAGAUCGAAGGGAUGAAUAUUUUGGGCUUGGUCCUCUUUGCCCUGGUCUUGGGAGUGGCCUUGAAGAAACUAGGCACAGAAGGAGAAGAACUAAUCCGUUUCUUUAAUGCCUUCAAUGAGGCAACAAUGGUGCUAGUGUCUUGGAUUAUGUGGUAUGUUCCUGUAGGUAUCAUGUUCCUUGUUGGAAGUAAGAUUGUAGAAAUGAAAGACAUUGUCAUCUUGGUGACCAGCCUGGGAAAGUAUAUCUUUGCGUCAAUUCUGGGCCACAUCAUCCAUGGAGGGAUUGUUCUGCCACUCAUUUAUUUUGUUUUCACACGGAAAAACCCAUACCGAUUUCUUCUUGGACUCCUCACGCCAUUUGCAACAGCCUUUGCAACCUGUUCCAGCUCAGCAACCCUCCCAUCCAUGAUCAAGUGCAUUGAAGAAAAUAAUGGUGUAGAUAAAAGUAUCAGUAGGUUCAUCCUUCCCAUUGGGGCCACUGUGAACAUGGAUGGGGCAGCCAUUUUCCAGUGUGUGGCGACUGUGUUCAUCGCCCAGCUUAACAAUGUGGACCUGAAUGCAGGACAGAUCUUCACUAUUCUGGUGACUGCCACGGCCGCCAGCGUUGGAGCAGCGGGAGUGCCAGCGGGAGGCGUGCUCACCAUCGCCAUCAUCCUGGAAGCCAUUGGGCUACCCACCCAUGAUCUCUCCCUGAUCCUCGCAGUGGACUGGAUCGUGGACCGUACCACCACUGUGGUGAAUGUAGAGGGGGAUGCCCUGGGUGCCGGUAUCCUCCAUUACCUGAAUGAGAAGGCAACAAAGAUGGUGGACCAUGAACUCAGCGAGGUGAAAGUAGAGGCGGUCCCCAACUGCAAGUCUGAGGAUGAGACCUCCCCUCUGGUGACCCACCGAAACCCAGCCCCCACUCCGGCCAGUGUCCCUGAGCUAGAAUCCAAGGAGUCAGUCCUGUGAGCAAUGGUGAAGCCUCAUGCUGGGCCCACCAGAGGUGGUGGGUCAGUGUAUUGGCCCUGUUGCAUCUGGACCAAGCACCUCUUGGACCUUUGUGCCUCCCAAGGGAUGCUUUGGGAUGACACCUUAGGCGACUUGUGUUACUUAGUGUGUGCCCUUGGGCUCCCCAGUGGGACCCAUUUAUCUCGAACCGCAACAAACACUUCCAUGUUUCUCGCUAUUCAUGUACAGAUGCCGCUCUGUGUAUGUGUGUGUGUUUGCUCUUGUGUGUGCAUACAUGUGAAUAUCCAUUUCCAAACAUCAUCCCCAAGACCUACCACCAGCACAUGUCGAUUAAAGCUUA